AUAAAAAAUAGCUGAUGCCCCCACAGAGUCAAAGAAGGUCUUAACUGCAGAGCCUUCACUGACCAGCAGCACAGUGGAACGUGGAGAUGAGUGGGAUGCCCCACUGCUGCAGGAGAACCCACAACCCUCAACACCAGAGGAGUCUAACUUCAGUCCGAGUGCUGAGGUCCCGGGACCCUCUCAAACAAGCGCAGAUCUGGACAAUAAUAACCGGAACUACUGUUUGGUUCAGACAGACUUCAAGAUGCCAGAGAUAAAAGAAGAGCAGGAGGAACUUUGGGAUGACAGUCAAACACAGGAGAUGGCUUUUCCUUCUCCGACAAUUGUGAAAAGCGAGCAAGAUCAGCUGGAGGCACAAGUAUCAUGUGAAAUGCAGCCAGUUUCUUCAGACUGCUCUUCAGCUCAGAGUGAGACCCAUGACAGUGAUGAGGAGUGGGUGAACAGCAACAGAAAACACACAAUGAAACAGAAAGAAAAGAUAUUGCAAGGACAAAGUGGCAGCGUUAAUGAGGAGGACCAAGCAGCUUUGCCCCAUGACAAAAGUUCUGCUAAAAGUGAAAAGGGACGCAGUUUUUGUCAUUUUUGUGGCAAGGGAUUCCAGUACAUUGGCUCUUUGAUGAAGCACAUCAAAACACAUGAGAACAAUUUUGAUUGCACUGUUUGUGGGAUGACAUGCCAGUCUACACAGGACCUAAUAGCUCAUGUCAAAGGUCGUCACAACAAAACCUAUUUUUGUGAUGUUUGUGGUAAGACUUUUGCCAAUAUCCGUUGUCUCCGAUUGCAUGAAAGAAUACACACAGGCAUAAAAGAGUUUGUGUGUCAAGAAUGUGGCAAGACCUUUUACCGAAGAGAGCAUUUGAUUGUGCAUGUGAGGACCCAUUCUGGGGAGAAACCGUAUCACUGUGAUAUUUGUGGAAAAGCAUUCAGUCAGAGCCAGAACCUUACAAUUCAUAAAAGAAGUCAUUCAGGAGAGAAACCGUAUCAAUGCGGCCUGUGUGGCAAACUUUUUAACACGAGCAGUCAUCUUAAAACGCACAUGAGAUACCAUUCAGGUGAAAAACCCUACCCAUGUGAUAUUUGCGGUAAACGUUUUCGCCAAAGUGGACAGAUGACUAGACAUAGGACCACACAUACAGGAGAGAGGCCAUAUGGCUGCCAUGUUUGUGGCUUGAGAUACAGGUUUGCACCUAAUCUGAAAGUUCACCUGCAAACUCAUGAAAAGGCAGCCGCUGAGUGAAAACAGGCAGACCAUCAGAGCUCAAUUACAAAUCAUAUUUACCAGUAAGUUAAAUUCAUUUUGAGGAACCAUUGGAAAAGCUACUUUACUUGUGAAAACACCAUCUAUGAACAUAAUAAAGAAACAUCAUACAUCCCUCUGGGUUUCUCUUUAUAUGACUUAAACUGCUGAAUGUUAAGAUGGUUAACUGAUCCUCACAGAUAAAACCCAGUUUUACUUUUACCAUCAGAGUGCAGAGCAGCAUCUCUGGAGCGGCUCCUUUUGUUACAUUUCAUGUGUAUUUUUGCAUAUUGUUCUGUGUAAUGUCUUCUUUUGGUGAAACCAAAUUUCCACAUUGGGUAAAAUAAAGUCUAUAUCCUGUCAUUCACA